CCCGGGCUCAUUCGCCUUAGCGACCCUGCUGGCCACGGCUGCACCCUCCUCGGCGCGAGCCCACCCUCGGAGUUUGCGCAGCUGCCACCCUCGCCUCCGCCGCCUGGCAUGUCGGGCCCCCUGCAAGGCCACGUGUGCGUGGUGACGGGCGCCUCCCGGGGCGUGGGCCGCGGCAUCGCCCUGCAGCUGUGCCAGGCCGGGGCCAACGUCUACAUCACCGGGAGAAACCGCGACACCCUGCGCGACGCCGCCAAGGAGGCCCAGGCCCGCGGAGGCCGCUGCGUGCCCGUGGUGUGCGACUCGAGCCAGGAGGACCAGGUGCGCAGCCUCUUCGACCAAGUGGAGCGGGAACAGCAAGGCCGGCUGGACUUGCUGGUCAACAAUGCCUACGCCGGAGUCCAGACCAUCAUCUCUCACCUGAAGAAGCCAUUCUGGGAGUGUCCGGCCUCCAUGUGGGACGACAUCAACGACGCGGGGCUGCGGGGUCACUACCUAUGCUCCGUGUACGGGGCCCGGCUGAUGGUCCCGGCCGGCCGAGGCCUCAUCGUCGUCAUCUCCUCACCCGGGGGGCUGCGCUACCUCUUCAACGUGCCCUACGGCGUGGGCAAGGCCGCGUGUGACCGCCUGGCAGCGGACUGUGCCCAGGAGCUUCGUGGCACCGGGGUCUCCUACGUGUCGCUGUGGCCGGGCCUGGUGCAGACGGAGCUGCUGAAGGAACAGAUGAACCGGGUGGCCACCACCCUCAACCACCAGUUGGGGGGACACUUUGGAAGCGGAGAGACCCCGGAGAUGAGUGGCAGAUGUGUGGUCGCCCUGGCGACAGAUCCCCAGAUCGGGACCCUGAGCGGACGGGUGUUGCCCUCCUGCGACCUGGCCCGCCGUUACGGCCUCCGCGACGUGGACGGCCGCCCGGUCACCAACUACCUGUCCAUCUCCUCGGUGCUCAGCCAGGUGCCCGGCUUGGCCUGGCUCGCCCGCUACGUGCCCAGCUUCCUCCCGAUGCCCAAGUGGAUCCUCACCCUGGCCACCGGCAAGUUCUGAUGGGGCCAGGGACGACUCCCGCCCUCCCGCCCCGCGUCGCCUUCUCCCCGUAACGCGUACCCACUGCCCCUUUGACCUUCAGGGUCCCCCUCCCCGACCCUCUGCAGCGGUGUCCCCCUCCGUGCUGGGCAAAUAAAGACUACCCCCCUCUGAGGGCGGGCGCGUUCAUUCGA